GUUGGCUCGACAGCUGCCAGCGCCCUGGAGCAUGUAAUCUGGGGCGGGAUGCAAAGGAUCAGACAGCGCACCCGACCGGUGGCGACAUGUGGCUAAACGACAUGGAGCAGCGAAUGGCGGAUGGCGACGCGGCGGGCAAUGGGUUGGCGGCGUGUCCUGGGGUGGGUUGUCUUUUUUUUUCGUAGUCAUGGUCAAGGGCAUGGAAGGUCGUCGACGAGCAUGCGGGACUAGCAAAGCCCACCAAGCCCCGCCCAGCUGUCGGCCGCGCCCCUCGCCGGGCGCCGGUGCGUCAUGCUGCCAGCCACGCCGGUGCGCGCGGCCAUUGGCUGCCCACGCGAACCCAACGUCUGCCAUGCCAUGUUCGCAUUCGUCUUACCUGGCACCACCUCUGAACGCCCAUCCCGACGCCCUCCAGCUGCUGGUCGACUGCUCUCCGACGCUCCCAGUGUGGUGACAAGUGGCGGUGAGGCAUCACCCUUGGCCCGCACACCCGCACACCACCCCUCACUGCCCUCGUCGGCGACUACUUUCCACACGCAUGCC